CACAGAGCUCAUCUGAUUGAAACAAACGGCGUCUUUCGUGGCCAAGUGUGCUGCUGGCCUCCCACCAGCGGCGCAGGCUCCCAUCAGCUGUUUGGAGGACGGCUCGGAGGCAGAAAUGAUGUAAUCAAGCAGAGAGGCAGAGCCAGAGCUGGGUCCAAGCCGCGCGACACGGACGCAUCUUCGCUGCGAGGAAACGCGCUCGAGAGCCCCCCUCAUGGAGCCGGUGAACGAGGGAGCAGGUCGGCGUCGGUGGAGGCGUCAUGUCGCAGGGGUUGUUUGAGCCGCUCGUCCUUUCUCCUCUCAGGAAAGAGAGGGUUCUGGAUGCGGUCCAGCGGCACCACCACCUCCUCUUCCACCUCCAGCACCGGCCCGGAGAUGCUCUCUGGUGAAAUUCCCUAUCCGCGGUUGUAGAUGUAAUUAACCGCUCGUGCGGGCCAGCAGUCCUCUGCCGCACCUGCUCCGGCAUCGGCCGAGUGGAAAUGCUCCUAUCGCCGCCUCCUUCGUCGACAACAUCAGGCCGCUCGUGCUGUCGCCUUCUCGCCCACGAUGAUGACAGGAGGACGCCCGCUUCGGGUUUCAGCACAUGCAGGCCCUUUUUUUUUUCUUUUACUCCUCUUACGGAUCACAGAAUCGGCUCUGAUCUGAUGUAUUAAGAAGAACUAGUUGCCAUUUUUUAUUUUAUUUUUGCUUAAUCACAUCUACUGCCGCGAUCGAUUUUCUUUUGUGUGUGUGUGUGUGUGUGUGUGUAUUUUUUCCCCCUGACCUCCGGAGAUGAUUGCGGUGUCCGUGCAGUAGCUGUUCCUCAGCGGGGGGGAAUGAGCUGAAGCCUGUCCGCAGCCGUCCACCCUGAGCCCCGGUGACUUUACAGGAGCGUGGGGGGUGCUGACCGUCUGAUACAGCGUGGGGUUGAGGAUCGUUUGUCCUUCCAGCUCAGGUUUGAACCAUGGCCAAUGAACCUGUGAUCCUUAACGUGUAUGACAUGUACUGGAUAAACGAAUACACCUCCAAUCUGGGCAUUGGAGUCUUCCACUCAGGCAUCGAGAUUUAUGGCAGAGAGUUCGCGUACGGCGGUCACCCCUACCCUUUCAGCGGCAUCUUUGAAAUCAACCCCGGCAACGCUGCGGAGCUGGGAGAGACCUUCAAAUUCAAGGAGGCCAUUGUUUUGGGCACCACGGACUUCACAGAGGAGGACAUAGAUAAAAUCAUGGAGGAGCUCGGUAAAGAGUUCAAAGGGAACGCCUAUCACCUAAUGCACAAAAACUGCAACCACUUCUCCUCCUCGCUGUCUGAGUUGCUUUGUGGAAGAGAAAUCCCCCGCUGGGUCAACAGACUGGCUUAUUUCAGCUCCUGCAUCCCCUUUCUGCAGAGCUGCCUACCCAGAGAGUGGCUGACCCCGGCUGCUCUGCAGAGCCACAUCAGCCUCGGCCUCCACAAGGAGGAGCAGAAUGACUCGAGCGACGAGGACCCCACGUCGCCGUCCGGUGCGGCUGCCGCUGGCUCAGGCUCCUCCCACAGUUGUCGCCACACCCGUGUGUGACCCGACCUCUGGACCCACGCCGCUGUCGCCGGCGGCUUCAGUAGGCUUUGAACAACCAACUGACCUCAUACUGUUUGGCCUCUGAAUGAAAAGAGACUGGAAACAUGAACUUGCUCUUUGAUGUUUGACGGACUCUUCAAAACCUGGAGACUCCUUGACGGAAAGCCUGGAAGGAAACUUUGAGACCUUGAAGAGUCGGCUCUGACUCCAACCGUACACACUUGUAGAUCUGAAGUUUGUAGUAUAACAUUCUUAGUCUUUUCCACAAAAAUUCAGAAAAACCUUCGUCAGCCUUGUUCCCUGCCCUGCCUUCGAAGCUGCUUUUGUAGAAAAAACGAAAACUUUCUAGACAGUAACAUUACCAGGAAACUGCUAAUCCCCGCAAGUUCGGCAAGUCCUCGUUUAAUAACCUCUAUGUGGCCUUUGGAUGAUAUCGCUGAAUCUAGUUUCUUAAGGUGUAUCUAUUCUGUGGCCAUUUCAGAGGAUGAGUUUCGGGUGGGAGGUUGGGGUUGAUAUUUCCUUAAAGAGAAAAUGUUGCAUGUUGAGACAAUGUCAUAAAUUAGACAACUAACCGGAGAUGCGAUGGGGCGACGCAGUACUUGACCUCUAUCCCUUCAACAAAACUUGUCUGACAUCUCGAAGUAGGCUAGAAGAUCACAGAAACCGAGUAUUCCCAAAUUUAAAUAAAUUCAAGAAAUUUGCACUUCAGAGAACCACAAUGAGUGCCAUUAACCACAAAUGGAGAAAACUUUUAACAAUAGAAAAUCUUCCCAAGAUCGUCCAUCUGACCCAAAAUUACUCCAAGAAUGCAUCAACAACUCAUGCAAAAGGUAAACAAAAAAAAAUAACUCAAAAACUUCAAUUUUGGCAUUGCAAAUCUCAGUUAUUGCCUUGGUUUAUGAAUUAACAACAAGAAAGAGACUGGGCAAAAAAAAAAAACCCUGUUAAUGAUUGACGAGACAAAAGUAGGACUUGGCCAAGAGUCUGUGGCCUCAAGCAAGCAGUCCUGGAUUUUUCAGCAGGACUGAACCGUUGGAUCCAAACUGUCCAACUGCAGAUCAUCCAAAUUUGGGUUUGAGACGUUACAGUUUAGUGAGGUUAAGACCUAGAAACAUCACGUUCAUGUUGUUCUCUUUUGGACAAACACUGUAGAUUGCUUGCGUAUCCAAGGAAACACCAGCAAGUCCUCUAUCAGAAUGGCUAAAAUCAUAAAAAAAUAAAGAUUUUUAAGUUGGGUAGGCAAGUUUUAUUGAUCUACUUUGGGAUACCUAGAAAAUGGUGCUGACUGCCUUGAAACAAUCCUGCAAAGAAUACAGGGUCAAAGCUAAUCUACAAAGACGUAAAGGUCUCUUAGCGGAAGCUACAAAAUCUUGCCACCAAAGGUGUGGAGGGCAAUUGCGUUUUCUCAAAAGACCCGGUUGGUUUAAAUAGCCUUUUUGAACGUUAGCAUUGGAUAUGUAAUAAAAAUUGCAAAGAAAACAGAAGAAAUCUGUGAGCUGGCAAAUACUUUUUACCCCUGUCGAGUCGUCAUGUAAACCUUCUCGUGAUCGUUUUGUAGAAGAAAAUCUCUUUACUAGGAAUUACAGCGUGAAUAAGCCAUUAGCCGAGCAACCAGUUUCUUAACAGUUGCUAACAAUCAAGAGUGAAUACUUUUGAGUUGAAACAGCUGCUGUUCAGUGAGCCUCAGGCAGCUCGGUCACUGUCUCUGACCGUCUCAGAGAAAAGGUUCUAGUGCUGUUCUCUGUUACCGACUCUGUGACCGCAUUUUUUCUGAUUACUCUUUUAUAUCCAAGUGAUCUUUGUACUGUUAACAUUAUUUCCAGCCAGACUCAUCAUUAGAACCACAGAGACAGAGGUGCCGCGGUAAACAGGAGCAGAAAUCUGUCCUUUCCCUUCCAUCAAGAGUCCAACAUGUUGUGUGUGCAGUUACUGUGAGUUCGGCUUAGCAUUAAGAUUGGCCCCUUCGCAGGUCACAGUUCAGCCCCCCACUGUAUCGACUUCUUAAACUGUUUAUUGUGCCGGCGGCAAAACACGAAAACGACAAAUCCGGAUUGGUUUUGAGAGAUUACAUGCUGAACUGUUUCUCGCUUUAGCACCAGCUGCACGGGAAGAGACGUUCUUGGAAUGUCUCUGGGUAUAAACUCAUGAAAGUCGUCUAAAAAAACCAAGAAAGAUGCAUUAUUUUGCCAUUUGAUUUUUUUGUUUGUUUGUUUGUUUGUUUGUUUGUUUUGGUGAUGAAUUAUCCAAGCCACAUGUAAGAAGUGCUGGAAAGAAGAUUUUAAUACCCUGGGACACCUGUGUCUGCUUUACAACUCUGUUUCUCAAAAGGUGAGAUGAUGUGAAAAAUGUAACCAAGAGCAGAACAAGCCCAGAUGCUCACAGCAAGGGGAAAAGAUGACGAAUUUAAACUGAUUUGCAUUUUCACAGCAAGCGUUUGGGAAGUGCAGUAAAUAUCGUGUGUAGUUUGGAGUAUAUACUGAUUUUAUAAGUCGUGACAUCAGCAAAGUGGAAGGAAAUUAUGUCGUUACGGACGCCAACUCCCACAAUGUGCACUGACAACUGUCUUAAAGGAACGGUGCCUUUCAAAAGUAUUCUUACCAUUUAAGGUUUUCCAUAUUUUUGUCAUGUUACAACCGCAAUCUUCAAUUAAUUUUAAUGGGAUUUCACAGGAUAGUGCAUGGCUGUGAAGAGAGAGGAAAAUACAACAGUAGAUGGUUUUUGUAGCUUUGUACAGAAACGGUUUUAAAAUUAUGCCAUGCAUUUGAUACCACCUUUUGUUACAAAACCACCUUUUGUUACAAAUGUAUUUGUUACAAUACAUUUGUAUUCUCCUUUAGAAUACAGAUUUACUGAAUUUCGCUUACCAGCGUAAAAGGGGCUGAAUACAAAUGAAUGAUACACUUAAAAUUUUUAUUAGUGAAAAUUGUUUUAACCGUCUCACUAUUGGUGUAGUUUUACUGGUCUGUCGGGUAAAAUCCCAGUGAAAUUCAUUGACGUUUGUAGUUAAAAUGUAAAAACUGAGAAAAGUAUGAAAACUUUUCCAAGGAGCUUUACUUCUUUUCUUUAGCAGAGAAGAAGAUGCAGCAUGUAUGGUCCUGCCCAAAGAAUUGUCAGAAUAAAAGAUUUCUGGUUUACAGCCUGAGGACUAAUUAAGAUUUUCACACCUUUAUAUUUCCAUAUUUCUCCAAAUCUUUUAAACGUAUUUUGUUCUCUGGAUAAUAACAUCAAACGUCUCCUCCUGAAAAAGUGUGUACUGGCUGGGAUUUUUUUAUUCAUUCUUUUUUUUUUUUUUUAACCUGUUUUUAGGUAAGUUAGUCACCAUUUUACACUUUUUUCACAAUUUUGUUCUUGUAUUUUCUCUCACCUAGCUUCUUGAAAUAUCACACAUAAUUUAAAAUGAGCAUGUUUAAUAUGAUUCAUUUUUUUAUCACUUGACAUGACAUUUGUCAAGUGAUAAAAAAAAAUAUGAUUCCUGUGUCGGCCUCCUACUCUUCCCGGUAUCUGCAGACGUAGUAGUGGCAUCGAUCCCUCAUCGCCAUGAUCGCGAUCUCGUGUAUUUACAGAAAAUUUCUGUAUUUACAGAAAGUUUAUUUUUCUGUCGCAUGAACGACAGAAAGAUGGGAAGAGAAUAAAUGGUCACGUAUUUCGUCAUUCCAAUCAUAAUUGGGCUCAAAGGCAUGAGAGCAGAGAACGACUGCGGUGUUCUGCAGUGAAUCCGGCUUACGUCGGUUUUGUCCUCCUUGGCGUAAGAUUGCAUGAUCUGAAUCACUUUUCCUGGCUGUGCAGUUUUGUUGUGCUGCGUCGCUGAACAGCCGCCCCUCUCUCAGGAAGGAAAUCACAUGGCUUCUGGUACGACUGACUGAAUCCCACAGGAAACGGGCUUAAAAGUGCAGAUCAAUCAUUUAACUUCUUCGUGCUGCUGAGUAAGCUGUAUCCUCGUUUGCUUUUGUCUUAUUUCUUUUUUUCCCCACCAGUUUAUUGUGCUGCAACUUUCAAUAUUGUUUUGUUUUGUUGUUUUUUUUCUUUGUGAAAUUGUACAGUGGUUCAGUAUUAAAUCCUGGAAUCUCUUUCGACACGGCAGGCCAAAGAGGUGUUGGAGAAUUUUUUUAUUAUUAUUAUUUGAUUUGAUUGUGUCUAUCAAAAAAUUGUAUUUCCUUCUCCUAACUCCAUAAAUCCCCAAAAUGAUGGUAAUUCUAGAAUAAAGAGAGUGAUUGCAACUAGA